AUGGCCUGGGCUGCUGAGAGGGGGCCCCCGCGCGUGCUGUUUGGAGACUGGCUGCUGGGCCAGGUCAGCAGCGGCCGCUACGAGGGCCUGCGCUGGCUGGACGCCGCCUGCACACGCUUCCGCGUGCCCUGGAAGCACUUUGCCCGCAGAGACCUGAGCGAGGCGGAUGCCCGCAUCUUCAAGGCCUGGGCUGUGGCCCGUGGCAGGUGGCCCAGCAGUGACCGGAGCGUCCCCGAGAGCGCGCUGCGGGCCGGCUGGAAAACCAAUUUCCGCUGCGCGCUGCGGGGUGCACAGCGCUUUGUGAUGCUGCAGGACAACUCAGGGGACCCCACUGACCCCCACAAGGUGUUCGGGCUCAGCCCAGACCCGGGGUGCAGAGGUGAGGCGUGCCUGGGAGACAGCUCCGGGGCAGGGUAG